CGAAAUGGCCACUGCUCCAAAAGCUACGUUUCUCAGGACUCCUCUGAAGAUCUUGCCUCGCAAGAGCUCCUGGGCAGAUACAGCAGAAAGUCUCGAUAUUCCAUUGAUAACCAACGCCGGACCAGGCAACGACCGAUCAAAUGCAUCCACCUAUCCUCCACCCAGAAGACUGCAUCGAUGGUCGACGCGAAAGAUCACGGCUCUGCUUUCCGAAGCCUUGACUGUGUCUAUUGCCGCUUCUAUCUUUGUCUAUGCCGUCCAAGUCCGCAGAUAUGACUUAAUACCCAUCGAGUCUAAUACAGCAAAGAUACUGCAACGCAUUGCAAAGACUAUUCCCAGUUUUUACUCAAUCCUGUUUGCAAAAAUCCUUGGCUCAUUCUUGAAAUCUUUGGUCUUCUGGAAACUUGAAAGAGGCGGACGAGUUGGCUUUUUCGAUCAUCUUCUCAGCAGCACGACUCUUGGUCAAGCUCUAUCUAUCAACUCUAGACAGAUCAGUCUGCUUGGGCUGGGUAUAACUUUGGCCUGGACUCUUUCUCCUUUGGGAAGUCAAGCCUCACUUCUCAUAGUCGGUACAGCGCCCCUCUACACGAACAACUCCAUGCUUAUCCAAUAUCUUAAUAUGAGCACACCUCUGGGCCCUGCUAGUGGACUUGAUUCCCCAGUAAUAGCGCAACAAGCAAUGUCUGAACAAUUCUACAAUGCUCUACCUGUCAAUACUAUCUUCGCCGCCGCCAUUAUGACGCCCGGAGACAUCGGAACGAUGGGUAUAGACGCCUGGAAUAACGUCAAGAUCCCAUUUAUUGAGCACCUGUCUGGUGAACAGCCUGACGUUAGCGGCUGGCAUGAUAUCAGCAAAGCGGCCAACGUUACUUAUUCUUCACUGAUCGGUAUCCCCAUGUCUGCAAUCCCUCAAAACAAAAACACUUCCUUUGGUCUCGAAACUUCCUACUGGACUCUAAGCUGCCCGGAGCUUCGGAAUGAGACUCAGGCCACGGAUCCCAAGUCAUACAGACAAGCUGUGAUUUCCAACAUCUCAAUGACAAAUCCGUCUUUAUUUUCAAACUCGGAUCGUACUCUGUAUGCCGACAUACACAAUCUCCCGCCCAACCUCACUUCACGAGAUAUAGCCUACGAAGCUUGGAAUGGGUUUACCUUUGCAAAUUGCACGAUAUCAACCUCUUACGUUGAAGUCAACAUCGCAUGCCUAGAUGGUAUCCACUGCACCGUAAUGCGCAUGCGCAAAUCACAACAACCCAACCUACCACCUCCACAAUGGACACCCCUAGACUCGAACAACGGCACAGGAUUCCUCUCUUUCGCAGAAGGGUUCGUCGCAGCUAUCCCCACUGAUAUUUCCAUGAGUGACGAAUACAAUCCUUAUCAAGGAUAUCUACUCAACCCCUCUGCUGCGUUUUCCAAAGCUACUGGUGGCCACGUCGCAGAUCUCGGUAAUAGACUAUUCGAAACACGGUUUGCGCAGUUGUUGAAUUCAUACCUGAUUGCGUGGAUGGCGCCAGGGAUGAUACAAAAAGGACUGCGCAAUAACGAUAUCACCGAUUCCGAUGAUUGGAGUCAUGUUGUGUUAUUCCAGAAUGCCACUGCCGUUGUUGUUUCUUCUGUGCAAGAAGUCAUGAGGUGUCAAAGUGUUUGGUUUGUGAUUUUACUCGCAUCAUCGGCGGUUCUGGUGGUGCUUGGGUUGUGCGAUAUUGGGCUUGAGGUUAUGCGUAGGAUGCCCAUGUUGGAGCUUACGGUAUCUGCGUUGAUCAAGGAUAAUCCGUACGUUGAUGAUGGUGUGGGUGUUAAUUCGACUGCGGAGGCUGAUGAGCGGAGUCGCGCGUUGAGGAAUGUUGUUGUUAGGUACGGGGAUGUUGAGCCGAGGGCUGAGUAUGGGUAUAUUGCAAUUGGAGGGAUGAAUAAUGAGGUGGCUAGGGUUGAAGAGAUGGGAUCACAGCAGUGGAAAGGCAGAUUGUAUCGAUGAUGUGGGUG